GGCGAUGUGACGUCAUAAAGCUGCGCCGCGCUCCUGCAUUUCUUGUGAUUCGGCUGAAGAAAGGACAAAGAAAAAAAAAACUCCUGCUGAAUCAACUGAGAUCCACGUGACACACUAUUAUAAAGAUGGCGUUUAUUAAAGAGGAGAGUGAAGACGUGAAGAUUGAAGAAGCAUUCAGAGUCAAACAUGAAGAUACUGAGACACAAACAGACUUGAUGGCACUGAAAAAUAAAAGUCAAGAACUCAAUGAAGUUGAAGAGAAAAAUCAGUGUGAGAUGCGCCAUGAUUUCAUGACGGGUGAAAACCCCAGACAGACUGAAAAGAUUUCCUCACGACAAAGAGCUCAGAAGACCAAACCUAACAGUUCUAAUCGAACACGAAAACAAAACCUUGAAAUCCACAAGCGUGUUCACGCUGGAGAGAAGCUGUUUAUAUGUGAUCAGUGUGGAAAGAGUUUCUCCGGCACAAAAUGCCUUAAAAUGCAUGUAAUAGUUCACUCCGCAGAGAAACCUUUCAUGUGCCACCAGUGUGGAAAGACUUUCAAAUUAAAUAAAUACCUUACGACUCACAUGAAAGUUCACACAAAAGAGAGGCCUUUCACCUGCAAACAGUGUGGAAAGAGCUUCUCACAAGAAGCACAUCUGAACGCUCACUUGAAAGUUCACACUGGAGAGAAGCCGUUCACGUGUGAGAAGUGUGGAAAGAGGUUCACACGUAAAAGAGAGCUUAAUACCCACAUGACUCUUCACACAGGAGUGAGACCUUACAACUGCAAAGUGUGUGGGAAGAGUUUCUCAUGCAAAGGAAAUCAUAACAGUCACAUGAGAAUUCACACUGGAGAGAAGCCCUUUAUAUGUGAUCAGUGCGGAAAGAGUUUCCGAUUUAAAGCAACUCUUAGUUACCACAUGAAUAUUCACUCAAGGGAGAACUGUUUAAAUUGUCAUCAGUGUGGAAGGAGUUUUACGGACAGAAAUGAUCUUAAGACUCAUGUAACGACUCACUCUGGAGAGGAGCCCAACAUGUGCCAUCACUGUGGAAAGAGUUUCUCAAAGCAAUAUCACCUUAAGAAUCACAUUAGAAUUCACACUGGAGAGAAACCUUUCACCUGCAAACAGUGUGGAAAGAGUUUCGCCAUUAAAGUAAACCUUCAGUCUCACAUGAGAGUUCACUCUGGAGAGAAGCCAUUCACCUGCCAUCAUUGUGGAAAGAGUUUUGGAGUUAAAGGAAACUUUAAGAGUCAUUUGAAGCGUCAUGUGUAAAAUUUAUUCUGCCAUCACACUUCAAGACCUGAAUUGAGUGUGUCCGAUAAGGAUAAGGGAGACACACAAAAUGUGCAGUGC